AAUCCACAACCCAACUUCCCUCAAUAAUAUUUUUAACAUAACUGCUUGGUUUCCAAAUCCCGCGCCAUCUCUAGAACUCAAGUUCAGUUCUUUUCUAUUUCCAGAUUAUUCGAAUUCCUUUUUACUCAAUUUUUGGUUUCGAAUUUGAAUUCAGCUUGAUUUUUCAGUUUUUUUCGCAAUUUGUUGCUGGGUAUUAUCUGUCCUCCUCCAUUGAAGCACGAUGAAGAAGAUUUCUUUUUCUGUUUCAUCAAAUCGAUCGAACACCGAACGUAAACAAAGCUUAAUUGCUUCUACCUCUCAAAAACCCCAAAUCACGCAAUCAAUAACGGAAUUCGACCCAUCUAAAGCCCUAACCCUAGAACAAAACGCCCCCAAAAGAUUUGUAAUCCCUCCUAAGCCGAACGAAUGGCGUCCCGCCAAGAAGAUGAAGAAUCUCGACCUUUCGCCUAUUCAUUCCGAUGGUAAACCCCUUGAAUUCGAGGUUAUAUCUUCCGGUGUUGCUGCCCCAGAAUCCGAAUCAAACCUUUCGUAUGGAUUGAUUCUUCGGCAGCAAGAUUCGGUCAAUGGUAAGGUUGAUUCCGGUUUUCCUAAUUCAGUUGAUGCUGUUAUGCUUAGGAAAUUGAAGACUGAUUUAGAUAAGUUACCUGAUGAUGAGGGUUUUGAUCAGUUUGAGGAGGUUCCGAUCGAGGGUUUUGGGGAAGCUUUGUGGGCUGGGUAUGGGUGGAGACCAGGGAUGGGAAUUGGAAGGAAUGCUAAGGAGGUUGUCGAGGUUGUUGAGUAUAAACGGCGCAACGCGAAAGAGGGGAUAGGGUUUAUUGAUGAUAAUGUGAAUGAAGUGACUGAGUUGAAAAUUGGUAGAGAGGAGGGUAGAAGAGGUGAUACGGGUGAAGUUAAGCAUGAAAGGAUCCAGGUAGAUGAGAAUAGGACUAGUAGUGGAGUUUCUUGGCUUAGGAGUCAUAUUAGGGUUAGAAUUAUUAGCAAAUCAUUCAAAGGUGGAAAAUUUUACUUGAAGAAGGGUGUAGUAAUGGAUGCAAUUGGAGCCAGGACUUGUGAUAUAUUGAUGGAAGAAGAUAGGGAGAUUGUUCAGGGAGUAAACCAGGAUAUAUUGGAAACUGUCCUUCCUAGGCGAGGUGGUCCUGUUCUUGUUCUCUUUGGAAAGCAUAAGGGUGUAUAUGGCAGUCUCGUGGAAAGAGAUACAGAGAGGGAAACUGCUGUAGUUCAAGAUGCUGGUAUAAUGCUCCAUGUGCAGCUUGAACAAAUAGCUGAAUUUUUUGGAGAUCCAAGCGACAUUGGUUACUAAACAAGGAUGCUGUAUUUAAUUUAAACCAGUAUGGCAAGUUGAUUGGGUGCACACCAAUGGUAUAACUCAACAGAGUUACCGAAGGCUGUUUAGAAAACAUUGCUGCAAAAGUUGAAUCCAUGGAACCUUGCCGAAGUGUAAAGGACAGGUUGGAAUAUCUUCAGUAGUACUGCUGCAAUAAAAGUAGCAAGGAGACCUGAGAAUGCUGGAGAACUUAUUGCUAAACGAGAGGCUCCACCUGGUAAGAAGCCCGAGCCAAUGAGGACUCACCUCCAACGAACGGAAAGACCGUCAACCAGGUCGAAAUCAAGCCUGAAAUGAUUGCCCAUUUCUUGGCGGAGUUCUCCAUCUCAUACAAGCCUGUGAAGCAAGCACGGUAGACUGUUAUUGGUGCUACUCACUCUUCACCGUUUACUCCUCUCAAGUGAAGACAUCCUUUACCUAGAACUCAGUUGGUCUAGGUUUUUUUGUUUGCCAUUAUGUUUGUGAUUGACUCUUUUAAGUACUAUUUUUGCAAGUUUUUUCAUGUGUUCGAUUAUUCUUUGAAUAUGCUAUCAAUUGUUUUGUUGAACCUUUAGUUAUCAGGGCGGUUGGUUGUUGCAGAUUAUUGUAACAGUUGACAAAAGAGCAUACAGAAUAUCUACAGUAAUGAGUUAGCAUGCACAA